AUGGGACUCACCAGGAACAAGAUCGUUACGGCACAGUUCGAGUGCUACCAAAAGAUUAUGAAGGACAGUCCGUCAGACAGACUAGGUAAACCCAUGUGUAAUCGCACUUGGGAUGGCUGGUUGUGUUGGGAUGACACCAGGGCGGGCAUCACCUCUGAACAGCACUGUCCUGACUACUUCCAGGAUUUUGAUCCUUCAGAGAUGGUUACAAAAAUUUGCACUGACAGUGGCCAGUGGUUCCUGCAUCCUGAGAGCAACCGCACGUGGACCAACUACACGCGCUGCAAUGAACACACCAGCGAAGGCAGAGUGACUGCAAUGAAUCUUUUCUACUUGGCACUCAUAGGACACGGACUAUCUCUGACCUCCCUCUUUGUCUCUCUUGGAAUAUUCUUCCAUUUCAAGAGUUUAAGUUGUCAGAGGAUCACACUGCACAAAAACCUUUUCUUUUCUUUUGUACUAAACUCUGUGAUCACCAUCAUUUGGUUGACAGCAGUGGCAAACAACCAGGAGCUGGUGCAGAGAAAUCCAACAAGCUGUAAAGUGUCCCAGUUCAUUCACCUCUACCUGUUUGGUUGCAAUUACUUCUGGAUGUUAUGCGAGGGAAUAUAUCUACACACACUGAUUGUGGUGGCGGUGUUCGCUGAAAAGCAACACCUCAUGUGGUACUAUCUCCUCGGCUGGGGUUUCCCUCUUAUUCCUGCUUCCAUUCAUGCAAUUGCAAGAAGUUACUACUAUAAUGACAACUGUUGGAUCAGCUCCAAAACGUCACUGCUAUAUAUAAUCCACGGUCCGAUCUGUGCCGCUUUACUGGUCAAUCUGUUCUUUCUGCUAAACAUCGUAAGAGUUCUCAUCACCAAGCUCAAGGUGACACAUCAAGCCGAGUCGAGCCUCUACAUGAAAGCUGUGAGAGCGACCCUCAUCUUGGUGCCGCUUCUGGGCAUCCAAUACGUCCUGCUUCCGUACAAGCCCGAAGGACGUGUUUCCUCAGAAAUAUACGACUACAUCAUGCACAUACUAAUGCACUACCAGGGCCUCCUGGUAGCCACCAUCUUCUGCUUUUUCAACGGAGAAGUCCAAGCGGUUUUACGCCGGCACUGGAACCAGUACAACCUCCAGUUUGGCAGCAGUGUUGGAAACCAUUCGGACGCCCUGCGCUCAGCUUCCUACACGGCUUCCUCCAUCACUGAGGUGCAAGGCUGCUACAGCAUCGACAGCCACUCAGAACACAUGAACGGCAAAGGAUGCCACGACACGGAAGCGUCCAUCCUGAGGUCGGAGAACCCCUUCGCCUGA